AUGUUGUGGGCAAUGCUAGAGAGAAAAAAGAUUUUUGAAAAAUUUCCCACUUAUAACAAUGCUGAAAUCUGCAAGAUGUUGGGAGAUAACUGGCAUAGUCUCACUGAAGCCCAAAGGAAGCCCUUUAUACUUGAGGCAAGAAGACAGCGCAUUCAACACAUGUCAGACUAUCCAGAUUAUAAGAGAAAGCAAAAGAAACUUGAGGAAAAUAACCAGUGUUUCCUGCCUCAUCAGGUUUCAGUUGCAACUAUCAUGCCCAUGGUGGGUUCUGCAGGAGAUGGUCAGAGGGCAGUCCCUUUUGCCCCCCAUGAAUGGAUAUCCUAG